AAAUGUCCUCCGAAUGUAACAACAGAUAAAAUAUUUCAAUAGAAAGCCAUUAUGUAAAUAUCAGGGAGUAAAAAUCGCAUUGUUGUCGGACGUCGUUUUACGCUUUAUCGGGGGGUUAACACUUGCAGACGGUUCCUCCACUCGUUUUUUUUUGCUAGUGGGCAGAGCGAGCAAGGGAGGCUCGUGCGUGGUAUCUGGAAUUACAAGUCAGGCAGCCAAUUCACGAUUCCCUUCGCCCUUCUUUAUGGAUGCUUCGUUAAUUCCCGAUCGAGGCGCCUUGCAAUGGACUUCCAACAUUAAUUGACACACGGGAAUGAAGAAGGUUGGCGCCUGAGAUGCUGCGUUGUCAUCAACAUGGGGCAAAGAAGGAAAUCACAUUAGUGAGGACCUGCGUCCAACAAACAUCAUAGCCCCACACACAGACAGCCAGCCAUGCCUUACUGCCCCUCCUGAUCUCCACCUGGACCGUUGCAGCUGCCCUGUACUUUAACCAUAGACACCUCACUCGCUGUCUAGUGAGCAUGGCUACACCUUUCUUGUGGAAGCUGUCGUCCCAAAAGCUCGGCUUUUUCCUGGUCAGCUUUGGAUUUAUCUGGGGCAUGAUGCUUCUACACUUCACCAUCCAGCAGCGAGCCAGCCAUGAGAACAGCGCAGUGCUCCGGCAACAGAUCCUGGACCUCAGCAAGCGUUACAUCAAGGCACUAGCUGAGGAGAACCAAAGUGUCAUGGAUGGGCCUUAUGUGGGCACCGUGACUGCCUAUGACUUAAAGAAGACCCUUGCAGUGCUGCUAGAUAACAUCAUGCUGAGGCUGACCAAGCUCGAGUCAAAAGUUGAGAACAUCUACAAUGGCACAGGAAGUAAUCUGACCAAUGGCUCCAGCACCUCCACACCAAACUCCAACAAUCCAGAAAAAGUCAAUGUUGCAGAUCUUCUUAAUGGAGCCCAGGAGAAGUGUGAGCUGCCCUCCUUGGAUGGAUUUCCUCACUGUGAGGGCAAGUUGAAGUGGAUGAAGGAAAUGUGGCGCUCAGACUCCUGCUAUACCAAUUAUGGUGUCGAUGGAUCCACCUGUUCCUUCUUCAUUUACCUCAGUGAGGUGGAGAACUGGUGUCCCCAUCUGCCUUGGAGGACAAAGCGCUUGAAUGAAGACAUGGAUAGGAGAGGGCAGGCGGAGAUCCGAACCAGUUUUGAGGAGUUGUACCGUGUGAUGUCUCAACGGGAGGAGUUCCGCUGGAUGAUGCUGAGGAUCAAACGCAUGGCUGAGCCGUGGGUCCAUGCAAUUCGAUCAUUGGCCGCCAAACAGAACCUGAUCAAACGGAGGAGAAAGAAGGUCCUGGUGCACUUGGGUCUGCUUACGAAGGAGUCAGGCUUCAAAAUAGCAGAAAAUGCCUUCAGCGGCGGCCCGUUGGGUGAGUUGGUCCAGUGGAGUGAUCUCAUUACCACGCUUUACCUGCUUGGACACGAUGUCCGGAUCUCUGCCUCCCUGGCUGAGCUCAAAGAGAUCAUGCGGCGAGUGAUGGGGAAUAAGUCCAGUUGCCCCACCCAGGGUGACAAGGUUGUUGAGCUCAUCUACAUUGAUAUUGUGGGCCUCACCCAGUUUAAGAAAACACUUGGUCCUUCGUGGGUCCACUAUCAGUGCAUGUUGAGGGUGCUGGAUUCCUUUGGAACAGAACCGGAGUUCAAUCACGCCCAUUAUGCCCAGUCCAAAGGUCACAAGACACCCUGGGGGAAGUGGAAUCUCAAUCCUCAGCAGUUUAACACCAUGUUUCCUCACACGCCAGACAACAGCUUCCUGGGCUUUGUGGUGGAGCAGCACCUUAAUGCCAGCGACAUCAAACACAUUGAUGACGUCAAGAGACAAAAUCAGUCUCUAGUCUACGGCAAGGUUGACAACUUCUGGAAGGACAAGAAAAAAUACCUUGACAUCAUACACAGCUACAUGGAGGUACACGGCACUGUGCAUGGCACCAGCACUGUCCACCUCCCAAGCUACGUGAGGAACCAUGGCAUCUUGAGUGGACGAGACUUGCAGUUUCUCCUCCGAGAAACUAAGUUGUUUGUGGGUCUGUCUUUUCCCUACGAGGGUCCUGCCCCCCUGGAGGCCAUCGCCAAUGGCUGCGCAUUCCUCAACCCAAAGUUCAACCCACCAAAAAGCAGCAAGAAUACCGAUUUCUUCAAGGGAAAGCCCACCCUGAGAGAGCUGACAUCUCAGCAUCCGUACGCUGAGGUUUAUAUUGGUCAACCCCACGUGUGGACUGUUGAUAUCGAUAAUUCCGCCGAAGUCGAGAGAGCAAUCCGCUCCAUCCUCAGCCAGAAGAUUGAGCCUUAUUUGCCAUUUGAGUUCACCUGUGAGGGGAUGCUACAGAGAGUCAAUGCCUUCAUUGAAAACCAGGAUUUCUGUCACGGUCAGGUGAUGUGGCCUCCACUCAGCGCGCUGCAGGUGAAAAUGGCCGAGCCAGGACGCUCCUGUAAGCAGGUGUGUCAGGGAGAGCAGCUCAUCUGCGAGCCGUCCUUCUUUCAACACCUCAACAAGGACAAGGACCUGGCCAGGUUUGGCGUGGACUGCCAGACGGUGGAGUCGAGCGCCGACACCGUGGUGCCGGCCUACAGCGAGAGCCGCCGCCACUGCAUCUUUCAGUCCGACCUGCUGCUCUUCAGCUGCGCCGGCGCCCACCAGUCGCUGAAACGCGUCUGCCCCUGCCGUGACUACAUGAAAGGCCAGGUGGCACUGUGCAAAAGCUGCCUAUAGCAGCAGCGGCAGCGCGUGCCUUUUCAGAGGAUGGGCUGCUGUGUCUGAUCAAACCCAGCCAGACUCCUGUGAGGGAAGCAUUUUGGACGGACCAACACAGAACUGUGUGCGUUCGUUAUAUAUUUAUUGUUUUGUCGACUGCUUAAAGAGAAGCACCGCUGCUGGACUGGACCAGAAGUGAUGAUACAUUACUUGAAUCAACAAAGGGAGUCAUCUUGGACUAUAAAAACCCGCAGCACAUAUCAGUGAGUGGCGUCCCGUUUUGUCUCCAGGUUCAGCAGAGGCGCAAGCCAACUGUCCCACGCUCGCAGCUGGUCCGCUCCCACCCUCUUCAGCGCGUUCCCGCCAUCCUUUUCCCUGCUAAAUCUGAAUCUCUUCUUUCUUUCGGUAGAUUUACACUGGAACACCCCCGACGCCACCACACACACGCUAAACAGAUGGCUAGUUUUACACUGUAACAAACCUCUGUGCUAAAGUUAUGAAAGUAAACUAUUGUAUAGAGAUCUAGAUUUUUAUUCUGGAGGUAAUGAUCAUUUUCUGAUACGUCUAGUUGCAGAUAUUUUGCCAUAGAAGUCCCCCCUCCCCAUUUCACAAAUUGCACGCCUAAUUUAAAAAAAAAAUCUAUUAUUAAAAAAAUGUAAAGUGGACCGACUGUAUGCUGAAAUACAGGCCAGUAGUUUGUGGGAAUGGUUUCACACAUGUCACCCAGCAUGAGGAAACACCAUAGAGCAGGGGUGUCCAAAGUCAGUCCUCAGGGGCCGCCGUCCUGCCUGUUUUGCAGCUCUCUCGGGAGCAACAGACCUGAUUCAAAUAAUCAGGUCUCGUUCUAAUGCUGCUUCAGAGCCACCAUCUGAAUCAGGUGUGUUGCAGCCGGGAGAGCUGCAAAACAGGCAGGACGGCGGCCCCUGAGGACCGACUUUGGACACGCCUGCCAUAAAGUCUAGGGCUAGGGAAUUCCGGUUCCUAGAGAGCCAUGUCCUGCCUGUUUUAGGUCCCUCAGACGAUCAGCUCAUCAGCAAGCUCUGUCGAGGCCUGAACAAUUGCAUCAGGUGUGUUGGAGUAGGGAAGGACCGAAAACAGGCAGCAGAUGGCUCUCGAGGUACUGGAGUUCCCUGCCCCUGCCAUAGAGGGCCCCAGGUUGUGUCGCUAAAACUGCCGUGGCCUCGCCAUUUGGCAGGAUCAGGAUUAUUGUGAUUUUUUUUAUGAUUCAUUCACUCAUUCAGUUUUUUUUUUCAUCACGUAUCCUGUUCAGGGUCACACGGAAGAUGGAGUUUGUAUCUGCGGAUUUAGGACAUGGUACACCACGGACAGAUUUAUUCUUAUUAUUAUCAUGUGACAUAUCUUGUCGUGGUCCGUCUCAGUGAUACUGCCCAGUCAAGGUUAGUAAGAGAAUAAAUUGUCAGGACAUGUUUCUCGGAGACAUGAAAAUCCUGGAGAAAAGUUUUCUUUAUCAACAUACUGUAGACUAAACCUUGACAACGAAAUACCCCCAAAUCCUCAAAUGCCAACAAAAUAAUCUUUUUUGCUUACAGAUAUGAAUCCAAGAAAUGGUAAAAGUCCAAAACAUGGAUAAAAGUGCACUACAUUUGUAUUUGCAAACAGGUUUAACAAUAUAUAUUUUAACACUGUACAUUGCUUUUAUGGGGCUUUAGGGUUUAUAUUUAUUUUGUAUCCUGAUGUUCAUCUUUGAUUUUGCUCUUGAACUGUGUUUAUUUAUAAGAGGGCUGUCUUUUAUUUAUGGAGAGAAAUUAGGAAAGAUACCAGAACGCGUACAUGUCCUUUCACAUAUGACCACCAGAGGGAGGCAUUGUAUGCUUUUUUUUUUUUUGGUUAUUUUGUUUUUUGUUUUUUUAGCAGUCGCGAGAGGCGCAGUAGUUGGAAUAUAUCAAUGACAAUGCCCCCCAUAUGCUUGACAUCACUCACGGAUAGUUUGGCAAUGGUGGUUUACCUUCAUUCUUUUCAUCUCUGUCUUUUAAAAAGGACAGUAGAAGCAAAUGUGCCUCCUUAUACUGCAACAGUCAUUGCUGCAGGUUGCACUUGUGAGGACAGAUGCGCAGACUGUUAUUGUUUCUGUCUUUCUAUUCCUUUCCUUCUUAACAGAUAGCUGCAUGCUGCUUAAGUCUGUGUUUCGGAGAGCAUGAUGUGCCUUUACGGUACCGCUUCCGUCAAAUUGUCACCGGACCCGAAAAAAGGAAACAAAACAUUGAAUCCAAAAUUUAUCUGCCAUGAACAACUCAAAUCUGUCGUUCCGAAGUUGUCACCAGGUUCUGUUGUUCUGGUUUCCUCUGCUGAAUUGAGCGGAAUCACCUUUAAUCAUAUUUUAGUUUAAUAUAUUUUAAAUCUGUAAAAUAAUCAUUGUAUUUGGUAACUUUGGUGUGUGGGGGAAACUUGGUUGAAUGGAUUCAACAGUUUGUUGCAGGUGGGCCCCAGUUACGUGCAGUAAUUCAGUGAUGUCCAUAUUUACAGGUUAUUCCCCCCGGUACUACAACAAUCUUCACAUAUUUGACCUUAACUUGGGUAAAGUAAAUCGUAUGCUAUCGGCCUGUAAUGAGUAGGAUAGAAUCUGUUGUUAGCGCAGUGGCACUGGAUGGCAUCUACUUCAGUGCUUCGGAAUCCAGUCUUAGCUGACCAGCCCGGACACCUCAUGCUAAUGUUGAGAGUUGAGUGCAGUUGUUGUACAAGCUGUGCGAGACAAAAUAUUGUGACCCGGUGCAGUUGAGUUUGCCUUAUACUUUUAACCAUGCCUCUUAACGAAUGCAUGUAUAUGUCUCUGCAUUUACAUUUACCACCGUGGCUUAAAUGCAGAUCCACCGGUAUCUACUUUUCACAUCGGAAAGGGGAAACUGCAGCAAUCGGUUACUCUUGACCACUGUUUUUAUGAGAUUUGUCAAAUGUACGCAACAUUUCCAUUCAAAAAGAACAAAGCACGAGAAAUGUCCUUUUCAUUUGAGGAAACAGCUGAUCCCAAUUUCCGUGGCGCACGAGAUACCGAAGUGCCGCGUACUGGUCCAGAUCACCCAUCCUGUUUGUCAUUUGUACAGAUGAGCUUCAAUGUUUUGUUUAGUUUGGAGUGCUGUCACAUGUUAUCCCUAGCGGCAAAAAGGACAAGGCGACUGCAUUUUUGUGUUAACAUUUCUCAAUGAAUAAGCGGGCAAUGAUUUAAUUUUUAAAUAAACUUUUUUUUUCUGUGGAGAAAAAAAAGGCUGACUGCUUCAACAUUUGACAUUGCAGCAGAACAGGUGAUUUUACUGUUGAGACGAAGUUGCAGUGUGUCCGGCAGGUUGGUUGUCGUCAUACAAAAGUAACUUUUGUGUUUACAUUUGGAACAUGGGCACAGAACAAUACAAAUUGUCAUGUGGUUCCAACGGAAUACAAUUAGUAUCCCAAAUAUACAGUUGCACACAGAUGUGAGGACAAAAUACUAUUUGAGCUACUUGGAUACCACUACUUUUUCCACACACCCCCACCCCC